ACAAUUUGUACAUGGUAAUAUUGUUAUAAAAACAAUUAACUUUUCUCCUCUUUCUCCUCAGAUAUUCAUGCUUGAUUAACCAAAUUGAUGGAUUAUUGUGCUAACCAAAUGUGAGGGUAUUCAAAGCCACAGUAGGCACAAUCCUGUCUGAACUCCAAAAUGUCUAAAACGACAUUCAACAUGUCCACCGACCAAGUUGAAGGCACAGUCCUUCUGCCCCACAGAGAGACAGAUGGUGACAGAGACGACUCGUCACUGUCACCUUCACCUGACGCCAACAGUAGUGGUUCAAACCUGAGUGACAGAGAAGCCAACAGCUCCCCUGACGUCAACAUGCUGGAGUGCUGCCUCAGUGACGGCUCCUUUGUGCAUGACUCCUACAACACCACCUUACCACAGGAUAACGAAUUAUGUGGCGUAAGCCUGAACCUGAACCAAACUUUUAUCACCACACCUGUUGCUAGCAGUGUGCAUUUCUGGAAUCAAAACUUGAGUCUGAUGAGCCACCAUGAGAUGGGAUUAGGUGCGUACCAGUCUUUCAGUAAAGACACAGAGAAUGGAAGUAGCAGUGCAGUGCUGUCUCCAGACUCUGCUGCGAGGGAAAGCCAACUGAGUUCAGCUCAGACUUCCCGUCGAGGAUCCACUGAGAAUGACUGCUGCUCCCUGAGCUCUACGGAAAUGGUAAUAAGGAGCAAUAGUUUUUGUCAGGGGGAUCAGUCAUUCUUAGUCUCUUCCCUGGAGGAUUCGUACGUCUCUGUGGCUGCAGGCCAUCCAGCAUUCCCUGCUGAAUCUAACCUGCUGUCAACUACUUUGCCGGAUGUCCUUGAAAAAUCCACAGAAGGAGUCACCGAGGAGAGCAUAGACUACCCGUGUCUUGGCAUGACUUUCACUCAGGCAGACCUUCCCUCUGAGGAAAACUAUAUGGCAGCGUCCAACUCUCUUGUAGCUCUGCCAAGCGAGAAUGAAGGAGAUCUUUUCAUGACUUUUCACUGUGAAUCAUCUCCUGCAGGUUGUGGAAAAGAGGCUCUGUUUACUUGUGUUGAAACAGAGCUGUCGCCCCGUUUCCCUGGAGCAUUUACACCAGAACAAUGCCAGACCUUUUUGUCCACUCUGCCAGCAAAAGAACACACUGAUAUGGAUAUUCAUACUUCCACUCCAGUGCAAAACAUUGGAAACAAGAUGCCCAUCCUCCCCUCCUUUUCAGAGUCUCCCUGCACUGGAAACGCGGGCAGCGCAGGACUCCACCCUGUUAAACAGCAGACUGCUAACUGUUUAGUUGCAGGACUGACGCCUUCAGCCAGCAAAGUCAAGAAAAUGGAAAUUAAGAAGUUUCCCAGGUUAAACUUCAGCAGUGUAAAAUCAAAAGUUUUGACGAGAAGUGUGCAUAAAAGGUCAGGGCUUAGCCUUGUUUCACUGCACAAAGUGAACAAUAAACUCACUGAAGCACAAAGCGGAGCGCCCAUCAUGAGUAGUCCUGCUAACUUUAGGAGUAGCGCUGCAGUUAUCGCUACCACCACUAAAAUGGUGAAUGAUGCUCCGAAACGAAUGAAUAUAGAGGCUGCUAAUUUGGGUGUAACAAUUAUACAGUCUGGGAUUUGUGCUGUGGCUGGACAGGGGAAGAGUAGAGCAACUCCACUGUACCAACACCCAGCUGCAAAUAAACAUGCUUCAACAGUCCAAUGCAGUAGCGCCAGCUCUGAAGUGGACCUGGCAGCCUCAAGUCAAGUAGCAGACGCCGCAGUGCUGCAUUCUGGCAAAAAGACCCUUUGCUUCUCAUCUUCAGAAAAAAAACCUAAAAGUUGCCAAACUGAUCCCAAACCAACUCCAAAAAAGUGUGUGUUGAACAAAAUUGAGGUCAGGUCAGGCUCGGCUUUAGGCCACGACAAGCCUCCUAUGCUGAAGAUGCGGCUGCGCUGCUCAUCGGACAGUUUAUCAUUGUCAUCUAGGCAACCCAGGGAGAAGAGAACAACUUUAAAGUUGUCAAAUAGCUUUACCAUUCCAAAAGCUGACUCCCACCUGGGCCAGACCAAACUAGGGAACCUGAACUGCUCUUCCCUGAAUAAACAGGCCGUACAGACUGAGGCCACAAACACUCCUGCUGAAAUCUCCCCAAGAGAGGUUAAGAGGAUCAGCCUGGUGGCACAGUCCAGCAAAUCGGCAACAGCAGGAGCUUCCUCGGAAGAGAGUAGGAGCAGAUUUCGAGGUCUGACAUCUAGACUAUCAAAAGCUGUAGGCACACCACAGUCCAAGCUGAAGAGCACUACAGGCAGUCAGAUGGUGCAGGCAACAGGAGAGCCGUCCCUUGGAAUUGCCUCAACAGCCAGUAUUAAGCCUCAACUGCACAGAUCUCGACCUCCUCAUACUCCCACUCGGCCUUCUCUUAUGGGCCCUCCCCCUACUCCUACUUCUAGACUACCACGCAGGACCCCGGGGCCAUCUGGGACCCUUGCUGAGGCCAGUGUUCACACUGAGCUGAGUGAAGGUGCUGGGAGUACACAAGUUUCUGGAGGACCUCCACAUAAACCAUCCCCUUUCAAAACUGUGCUGAAAGCUAGACUAAUCACGACCCCGAGGAAAACCACUGGACUAACUUUGGCCACAGCAUGCAAACCUGCUGCUUCCUCCAGCAAAGGCACUUCAAAUUCUACAGCCAGUCCUCUGAAAAGGACCGCUUCUGCAAGACUUGCUCGUCUCAGUGGACCUGUGGACAAGGGCCAGCCCAAGGCCAGCUCCCGCCAGCAAGUGCCCCAACCGAACCAGCGUAGUGGACCUCCGGAUGUGGUGCCAGCGAGUGUUGCCGAGGGUGGGAGGAAGGACCAGAGCGUCCAGCAGCUCGGAGGACUCCUGACAGCUAGUAACCGCAGAUUGCAAGCCGUCGCCAUCGUCUUACAGCGAACUUUGGCUGAGCGUGAUGAAGCCACAAGGCAGGGCAGGGAGCUGUCCCAGGAGCUGGCCAGUCUUAGAGGAGAGCUGGUUUGCUCCGAACAUUCAUCUGAACGCCUGGAGAAGGAGAAGGAUGAGUUGCGCGUGUCUCUGCAGGAUGCGCUGCACAAGCUGCAGGAGCAGCACCAGAACGACCUGGUCGAGCUGGAGCUGAGACUUCAGGCCUUCUACCAGGCUGAGUGGGACAAGGUCCACCUCACCUGCCAGGAGGAGACAGACAAGUGCAAGACUCUCAUGCAACAGCAGGUGGAAGAGCUUAAAGCCAAUCAUGAGGCCAUGAAGCUGGAACUAGAGAGCAGCCAGGCAGAACAGCUGCUGUCUGUUAAACAGCAGUAUGACAUGUCCCUGGGAGAGGUCAGCGAAGUCCACAAUCAGGAACUGCAGUCUUUGGAAAAAACUCUGAAAGAAACGGAAGCUGCUCUAUCGGGACGGAUCGAAGAGCUCACCGUGGAGAACAAUGGCCUGAUUGAGAAGCUAACUGCGGUGGAGAACAGGAGGAAACAGCUGGCCGAAAAGAAUCAGAAGGACUCCCACACCCUGUAUCUGGAGCAGGAGCUAGAGAGCCUCAAAGUGGUGCUGGAUAUCAAAAACAAACAGCUCCACCAGCAGGAAAAGAAGAUGAUGGAGAUCGACAUGCUGACAGAGAAAAAUGUGAAGUUGGAUGAGGGUCAUAAGAAGGUCCGGCAGGAGAAUGAGGACCUCCAAGCCCGCAUGGAAAGACAUUAUGCACUGUCGAGACAGCUGUCGACGGAGCAGGCAGUGCUGCAGGAGUCCCUUCAGAAGGAGUCCAAGGUGAACAAGCGUCUGUCGAUGGAGAACGAGGAGCUGAUGUGGAAGCUCCACAACGGAGACCUGAGUAGCCCCCGCAAGGUGUCCCCGACCUCCCCCUCCCCCUCCCCAUCCCGGUCCUUCAGCCUUGACGCCCCUCGCAGCUCGGGCUUGUUCUCCAGCCCCCCGGUGUCGCCCAGAUAACGAUGGAUACUCCAGGAUGCACACCCGGUCGUUGGAGAGCCCUCUGGAAUAAAGAGCCAUGUUUGUUUCCUGUUCUCUUAGAAACGCAGCAGCCUGACUUUGGCUCCUUCAGGAUUGGAUCAACUCUGACACUUUCUGUACAGACACUGCAGACUGUAAAAUAUUUAAAUAUAGUUGCACAGAUGCACUUAAUAAGCAAGGUUGCCUUGUUUUCUUGCCUUUCACGUCUGGUACUAUGGGGGGGGGGGGUGAAUCUCAGGACUUCUAUGUAAUGAUACACUAUUUUUGUUUGUUGACUUGAAGCUCUCACACACACACACACACACACACUGAGUACAUGCAGUAAGAGAUGAACAAAUGCAUCCAUGUCAACACAGAUACAGCCCUUGUUCUUUCUGUCUCUAGAGAUCAGACAUGGAAAGUCUGAAUUCAGAAGACAUUGUCCCUCCUCGGGCACAUUAUAUUUAAAAUGGUCUUGAAAUGUGGAAUUGCUGCUGUUGGAUUCCUCCAUUUCUCCCAGCCAACUGUCACGUCACAACAUCCCGCUGCUAGUCAUUACAUCAGGGCUGUGCAAGUCUCAAUCUGUUGUCUUUUUCUUUUUUUAAAGGUUAUGUUUUGUUUUUUUUCCACCUAGUUUGUCAGUUCAAGUAUCAUCUGUUUCCUCGAACAUUGUUUUGUUUUCCACAAGUGUUUGUUUGUUUGACCAGGGGACCAAUCCGAGUCUUUGUGCACGUGUUUGGUAAUCACCCCGUUUUGAACCCUCCUAAUGCAGCUUUAAAGAUGGGGUCUUUGCAAAGAGUUGACCUGAAGAGUCUCUGCUUGUACAUGUCACUGCAAUGUCUCAAAAAUAGUAUUUUGUGUGGAAUUUAUUCUAUCAGUUUGUUGACCCGUUUUGAAAUAUGCAAAUAAUAAAGUCUUGUAUU